CCACAGUUAUUUUCGAAUGGGGGUGAGAAGACUUCUCGCGCGGAAGUGACGGGUAGGCGGCGAUGGCGGCUCGCAGUUCGAUUCCGGAUUUGCUGUAAACUGCAAGCAGUUUUUAGGCUGACUGUUUGACUUUUGCUUGUUUCAAGACAUUAUUUUUGUAAAUUUAACACGGACUACAUACGCGUAUUAAUUACCGCUUUCAAAUUUCAUAGACAGAAAGUUUUUAGAUAUUUUUCUCCAAGGGUUCAAGGUGGUCAACCUACCGAGCUAGCAGCUAGCUGAUAACCAGCUAACAUACGCUACAGUACAGUAGCUUGGAGAGACGGGUGUGUGGCACACUGUGUACAGACUGUUCAGCUAACUAGUUAUCUAGUUGGUAGCCCGCUGACCAGUUCGAUAAUUGUCUUGGUGCAAUUGUUUACGUAGGUUUUCGGUCGUGUUUUUAUAACGUUAUUCUACUACACAAUGGCAAUGCAUUCCAAUCGAUGAGAGUUGUGCAGCAAGCGUGCAGAGGCACUCACACGUUUGCUCGGUCUUACGUUAGUCUUGUAGAUUUGGACGCGAUUGGUUCGUUUUGGAGAGGUUAUAUCGGUUGGACUCUUUGGACCCGAAGCCGAACCAGAUUGGUCAACUUAGCUGAGACUGAGAGGAUUAACUUUUAGUCCGUUCAACGUCCUGUUCCUGUGUGGGUCCUUGUGUGGUCGCCGAUAUGCUGAAGACCAGACAGUGUCUACUUGGCAUCCGCACUUUCCUGGGUGUAACGUCCAGAAUAUGGGGCUUCGUUUUAUACAUUCUCAGGAAGCAUCUACGCACCGUUAUCCAGUACCAGACAGUGCGGUAUGACACUCUUCCCCUGUCCCCCAUCUCCAGAAACAGAUUGAAUGCCGUGAAGAGGAAGAUUCUGGUGCUAGAUCUAGAUGAGACGCUCAUCCACUCUCACCACGACGGGGUCCUCAGGCCCACUGUGAGACCAGGCACGCCCCCAGACUUCAUCCUCAAGGUAGUAAUUGACAAGCACCCUGUCAGGUUUUUUGUACAUAAAAGGCCACACGUCGACUUCUUUUUAGAAGUGGUCAGCCAGUGGUAUGAGCUGGUGGUGUUCACGGCCAGUAUGGAGAUCUACGGAUCGGCGGUGGCAGACAAGCUGGACAACAACAGGAACAUCCUGAAACGCAGAUACUACAGACAGCAUUGUACGUUGGAUCUAGGUAGUUAUAUUAAAGACCUGUCUGUCGUACACGAUGACCUGUCUAGUAUUGUCAUCUUGGACAACUCGCCUGGAGCUUACAGGAGCCAUCCAGACAACGCAAUACCUAUUAAGUCUUGGUUCAGUGACCCCAGUGACACAGCACUCCUUAAUCUGCUGCCUAUGCUAGAUGCCCUUAGGUUCACCGCUGACGUCCGGUCCGUCCUAAGUCGGAACCUCCACCAGCACCGGCUCUGGUGAUUGGCUGAUUUUGCGGAAAGGGUUUUUCGCUGAUUGGCCCAGUUUUUAAAGCCCAUUUCCCAUUGCUCCACUGUUUCCAGCGCAGUGGACCUUUAACCUCUCCACUCAACCCCCUAUCCGAAGGGAACAGGGAAGGGUCCCAGCAGAAACAUGCGGAAGAACUAAAAGAGAGCGAUAUCUGAAGAACCAGGAAACAACUGGGGGGGAGGGGGGAGGGGGGCUAGAUUUUCAUUUUUCUUUAGUUGUAUGAUUUUUAUAUUUUUCAAGACAUAGUGGAGUAUCUCUGCCUUAAAGUUCCGGAUACUGACUCUGCGUACAUACGCGUUGGGCUGCGUUCGUGUACAUGAGUUGGGAAAAUGCUCGCGUUCGUUCGUCUUGGUUAACUUCUGAUGUCACAUCAACGAAAGGGGCGAGGAGCGAAGCGUCCUGUGUUCCUUACACUGGACUCUGCAACCAGAUCACCACCGGCAUCUCAAGUCAGUACUGGACUUCACAUAAGGAGGCCCAGAGCAACUGGACAGGAGAAAACUGACUGAUAACAUUUGAAUGUGAUUUGAGGGGUGUUCUUGGCUCCGUAGAUCUACCAGGGUGAUUUGCUUACAAGUGGGCACCAACGCUUGAGUUACGACGGGCCAAUUCAUGCAAUUAAGAUUUGUUACAGCAGAAAUGUCUGAAUGAAUUAUAAAGCAGUCUGAUUUAAAUUUUUCAGUUAGAAGUAAUAAUCUCGCAAACGAUUUCCUCCGAACCCUCUGUAGGAUAAGAGAGUGGCAUGAAUGAACUGAAUAUUUGGAAAGAAAAGAUGUGUAGAUGGUGGAACCAAUCACUUUGAACAUCAGUUUCUAAUCCUUCAUAACUAUGACGUAUCUGGAUAUCGACAUUAUAGAAAAUCAUAUUCCUGAUGCAUCAUUUCAGUGUAUGAGAUUUGCACUUAAUUUCUGGGAUUUCCCUUUUUUUUGCUGCUGUUUCAUAUUUGAAGCAGAACACGCAACCAUCUACGCCCCUGGUUGUUUUGGAAUCAUUGUCCGCCCCUGUCUUUUUAAUGCCAUUUGAACAAUUUCAGUCCUGUCAAGGCUCCAGUCAUGACAGCUUCUUUUUGGCUCAGUCCCCAUGUCUGUGUUACUAAUAAAACACUUGUCAGUA